AGCGUUUCUUCAGAUGCAUUGCAAUAGAAAAUUCCUCUUUUUCCCGCAGCUGUAGCUUCACGAAACCAUAAUUAAUCUGCCGAAUCCAGAUAAAAGGCCGCCGUUUUCCCACGAUUCUGUUCAAUUAUUUCUCAAUUUUAGAACUUUUUGUCCGGUUGGUUAUAGGGACACUGAUUGAUCUGCGCCAGCUAGGUAUUUGCUGUUCUUGAUUUCUGGGCAUCUUUUAUGUGCGCUUUUUGGCUCCAAUUUGUGGAUUCAAUCUAAGGGUCUGUAUUUUUGGGAGCCAAAAUGACCUCAACCUUUGAUAGAUGGGAAAAAGAUCCGUUUUUCUCUGCUGCAGAGGACGUUCAGGAAUCUUCGGACAGGAUGGAAUCAACAUAUAGAACAUGGAUUCAUGCGAUCAAGGAGACCUCGGGUUCUUGGAAUUUGGAUGAGCUUCGGAGAGAUCUUCAGACAACCCUUGGCACAACCAAGUGGCAGUUGGAAGAAUUCGGACGUGCUGUAAGAUCGAGCUACUCAGGUAGUAGCUCGGCUGAUGAUGCAAGGGAUAGGCAUCGGAGUUUCAUUUUCGCAAUAGAGAAUCAAAUAAAAAAAGUUGAAACAUCUUUGAGUGGAUCAACAGUACGACAAGGCAAGCCACCAGUGCCUUGGGUGCGGUUGGAUGAAGGGGAACGGGACGAGCUCGCCAUGUUUCUUUCAGGACAGUCAUCGUCUUCCCCAAAUAAACUCUUUGGAAAGCAUCGUGCUGGCCCUAUGGCGCAGGGGCAGGAAAUUUCGCGUGAGGGUGAUCAACAAGUGAAUAAUGAGUGUUCGCGGAGUUCAUCUCAUUUGGUUGAAUUGGCUCAAGUAGACGGUAAGGGGGACAAGUUUUCAGGUCAUCGGAGGGCAGCUAGUGCAAGUGCAGACAUUGGCACAUGGAAGAUUGUUGUAGCUGAUGAUGUUCUGCACAAUCCAUCCAGUGCAAAGCCUGAUACUCCUCACCGAAAGAUACCUAGUUUUUCGGGAUUGUUAGAUACCAUGGAAUCAUCCAUGUCACAAUUGAAUUGGUCAAAGAACGGUUACAAGAAACUUAAGGUUACAGAUGGGCCUCAGGAGGCUGGUGUUACAUUACCUAGAGCCCCGAAUUUGACUAAAGGCAUUACUACGUGCUAUGAGAAGAGUAAAAGUUGCCUUGAAGGUUGCAGUGAUUAUGAAAAACAAUGGUAUGGUUGGUACGGUAGUAUCCAUAGACAACUUCAGAGAUCCCAAUAUCAUGUGCAAUAUAGUCGGCCAGUCCAAUUUGUUUUCUCCGUCAUUCUCAUACUCUGCUUACUUGUUUUAUUGGCUUUGCGUUCAAUCUGAGGAGGAGCCUUGUUUCUCCAUUCUUAUUCAGUUUUCAUCUGUGGAAAACGUCAGAGAGUUGGCGAUGGCUUCACCUGUGCUAAACAGAUGAUAGACUGCAUUCAUUGAACUAUUCUGAUCAGAAUUGUAAUUUAGUAGUAGCAUUCAUGAUUCUGGCAACACCAGAAGCAGUCUCACUACCCAGUUUUGUUUCUCCGUGUUGUAGCCGACAGGGCUUGUUGUAUAAUUGUAUUUUUGGAGCUGCUGCUGCUGUUUCAUUGUUUCGUGUAUUGAACACGAGUUGUAAAUAAAUUUUUGUGAUUUCUGUA